CAAAACUGCCGCUUGGGUAUUUUUUUAGUGUGUGUAUUAUUGUGUGUGCAUCGAUUGUUAGGUUGAUUUUCAAACCAAAUUAUCUAAUUUCUUCUAAGACAUUUUAUCCAAGCUGUUCUCCAAUUUUGUAUUAGGAAUCUGCAGAUAAUUUUUAUGGUGAAAUUACUUUUAUUAAUUUAAGUUACUGUGAGCUGUUGAGUGUUUAUUUUAAUUAGUGUUUUACAUAAUGAUUUCACCAGGUUAUUCUAAGUUUGUAAUCAUUGUCGGAGCUCUAGUUAUUAUCGGAUGUGUCGCAGGUUUUGUGUUCUAUAAAGUAAAAAUGAAUGAAAAUGAAAAUUACACCCCUGUGGACCACUUAUGCCAAAAAUUAGUCAGUCCAACCAUAUCGAAUGAAAUUUCCAAAAAUGCUGCGACUGUAUUGGAAAUUCUAGACUACGCAGUAGUAGGGAAUUUUCGUAACAAAACUUGGGAUGAACUGUCUUAUUUUGUUGAUACAUUUGGAAGUAGACUCGCUGGAACUGAACGUUUGGAAUUGUCAAUAGAUUAUCUUAUGGAGUUAUUUAAGAGGUAUGGUUUUGAUAAUGUACACGGAGAAAAUGUUACGGUACCAGUCUGGCAGAGAGGUAACGAGUCAGCAUUCCUGAUAUCUCCGAGAUACCAAAAGCUCAACAUGUUAGGUCUCGGCUACAGCGUGGGAACUCCCGAAGAAGGCAUCACUGCUGAUGUUUUAGUUGUCAAGUCAUUUGAUGAAUUGCACGAACGAGGCCCUGAGGCUCAAGGCAAGAUUGUAGUGAUCGCAGAGGACUGGCUCGGUAGCUAUGGAGCAACCGUCAAAUAUCGAAGUUUAGCAGCGAUAGAGGUAGCCAAAGUAGGGGGCGUGGCAGCUCUGAUCAGGUCCAUCACUCCGUUCUCCAUCAACACUCCCCACACAGGCAUGAUGCAUUAUCAGGAUGGUGUCACCAAGAUACCUGCGGCAGCACUCACUGUGGAAGACACCCAGAUGUUGUUGAGGAUGAGUCAGAGAGGCACUCCUCUCAAGAUCCAGCUCAAGAUGGAGGCGAAGACGUUGGAAGACGUAGUGUCUCGCAACACAGUUGUUGAACUAAAAGGUACUCAGUAUCCAGAGAAGGUGGUUCUAGUCUCUGGACAUCUGGACAGUUGGGACGUCGGACAAGGAGCUAUGGACGAUGGAGGUGGUGCUUUCAUUUCAUGGGGUGCUCUGGCCUUGCUCAAAAGCCUAGGACUCAGGCCAAAACGCACUAUUAGAGCAGUAUUGUGGACAGCUGAAGAGGUAGGGCUAAUUGGUGCUCAGGCGUACGCCAAGGCCCACCAGAACGAGACUCACAACUUCAUGGUGAUGAUGGAGUCCGAUGAAGGAACUUUCACCCCAAGAGGACUGGAAUACUCAGGCUCGGACCAAGGUGGUUGCAUCAUCAAGGAAAUACUCAAAUUGAUGAGCCCUAUUAAGGCAACAGAGUUCAAAAACAGUUCAGACGUUGGAUCUGACAUAACUGUGUGGGCAAACCAGGUGCCACUGCUGAGCAACUUGAAUGACAACGGGAAAUAUUUCUGGUUCCACCACACAGACGCUGACACCAUGUCAGUGAUGAACUCGGAUGAUUUAGACUUGAAUGUUGCUUUGUGGGCUGCCACAGCCUUCGUCAUUGCUGAUAUGAGUGUGGAUUUGCCUGGAGUGGGUUUGCCACAGCAAAAUGUGACUGCUCCUAUAGCAUGAAAUGUUAAAAUGGAUAUGUCUUUAAAUUUUUUGACCAAUAUGAUGGAUACAUUGUUAGAGGUUAUACUGAUUGAUAUUUUUUACCUGUAAAAUUUAGUUAUUGUAAGUGCCUUAUUAGCUUGUAAGAUCAAGUGUACAGUGUAAUCUGAUUCUUGUAUAAAUUUUUAAAACAUUUUA